CCGCGAGGUCGAACAGAGGUGGAUUCAACUGUCAGCCGGAAUCGCUACAAAGUGUCUUCGGGAUAAAGCGGCUCGGGGAAGGACGGAUUUCCCCUUUAACACGAGGGGGGAAACAUGUCUGCCUUACUUGAACAGGUGAGCCCAGGCCAAAUCACGCCUACUUUCCUCCCUUUCAGCCAAUCACAGCUUCCCUCUACAUCUGCGGUCCUUCACUGUGGAAACAAUAUGAGACGGGGACAUCGUCACAUUUAGAAAACUGGUUUGUGGACAACAGAUCUGUCUUUAUCUAUGACUGUGUGCUGGAGCCAUCUGAAUCCAUCCACUGGUCCAAAAAAACAAGACUACGACUUCUCACGCGUAGGUUGGCCGUUGACACUGGACCGUUGUCUUGAUGUCUGCUGCUUUUCGUCAUUUUGGCAGAAAGCCAGUCUGGGGUUGACUCAGUGAGAUCUAUUGUUAAAAAAACCCAAAAACAAACAUUUUGGAAGGGAAGGCCUGUAAAUUUGAGUGGUUCAGUGGUCACCAACCCUGCUCCUGCAGAGCUACCGUCCUGCCGGUUUUCACUCCAACCCUAAUUUGACACACCUGAUUCAACUACUCAAGGUCUUGUUAAGUAGGUAAUCGGUAGAAACAGUUGUGUUAAAUCAGGGUUGGAGUGAAGACCGGCAGGACGUAGCUCUCCAGGAGCAGGGUUGGUAGCUCUCCAGGAGCAGGGUUGGUAGCUCUCCAGGAGCAGGGUUGGCAGCUCUCCAGGAGCAGGGUUGGCAGCUCUCCAAGAGCAGGGUUGGUGACCACUGCGCAGGCGAUAAUCUCGGGCCAAUGGUUCGCCACAGUAAACUGCAGAAACAGGUUCUGGCUCUGUAUCGCCAGUUCCUGCGAGCGGGCCAUGCCAAGCCAGGCUUCAUCCCCAGGAUCCGGGACGAGUUCAGGGAGAACUCGAGAAUCAAGAAGACUGACGUCAUGCACAUCGAGUACCUGUACCGCCGUGGCCAGCGCCAGCUGGAGCAGCUUAAGGACGUCAACACCAAACAGCUGGGCUCCUUCUCCAAACCUAAAGAGGACAGCUGACCAGGCCCUUCGAGGAAACGUGCUUCUAAACAAGAACAAAGUUAUCAGGAAAAACAAACAUAUGCGUUGCGUAUUGGUAUUUCACUCACUGAGAGGGGUACUGGAAAGUUAAAAUCAGUGUUUGCUAACGUAAACAUGGCUCCCCGGAGACUGAGCUCGUCAGUUUAGCUCUCUACCGGAUGUGAUGUCAGCAUCCAUCCUGUCUGCAGUUACACAAUGUGAUGCGCCCAGGUAGCGUAGCGGUCUAUUUCGUUGCCUGACGUGACGAGUACAAGUACAAUGGGGGGGGGGGGGGGUCUACACAAUGUGAUUAAAAACACGUGUUGUACUUUUAAAUUGGGGUUGUCGUCUCCAUGUACACAAAACCUGGUGCCUGUGGACUGACUGGGAAAGCAUCUGUAGCCCCAUCUGCUGGUGGAUUUCAUUUGCUAGUGACAUGUUUUGAUCAAGGCGAGUUAACAUAGUGUACUCAGCUGUUGGUUCUCCAUAUUCAUCUAUAAACCUGCAUUUGGCUAGACUGGUAAAUUUAUAUGAAAGUAUUCGGUUCUGAGAUGACUCACUUUGGCAUCAUAUCUCAGCUACACUGGCAUGGACAGACGUUAAUGUUGGUACACAGGAACCCCGGACAACGCAACAGAGAUCCUCUGGAGGUCCGUGGAUCCUCUUUAAACGUUUGUUUUCACAGGGUGGUGAACUCUCGACACGGUGACCUUUAUUUAGCAAGUUAAUUUUAUGCUUCCAUCCAGAGCCACUUCAUGUGAGAGGCUUCAGAGUCCAUGCAAGGAUAUUCAUUAUUUGGAUAUGGAGAUGUCUGGAUCCAGCUCAGAUGUUAGUCAGAAUGCCAUGUAUAUGGUAAUAGUCACACAUUACUGAUACUCGUAGUUGGUCCAGGUUGUAAACAAGGUUUGUGCUGUCAGUGUCCUCCAUAAUAUCACAGUGACAGCAACAACAUCACAAACAGCUAGUAGUCAACCUCUGAACAGACUGUGGGGCCAGCAUGGUAGAAGAUAGAUGUCACCUGUAGUUCUGCUUGCUGCCAUGUCAUGUAGCUGCAUUUUGCCAUUGGUACACAAGUGGGCCAUGAAUGAUUUAACGCAAUUUAUGUGAAUCUUUGGAAUGUGAAACCCAAAGCCUAGCUAAACCUUUGACCAUGACCAACAGAUUCUUAUAAUGUAGCAUGUCUUGUCAAUAAAACUGAAUAUUCAUCUGCACAUUAUAGUUACAACUAGCCAAUAAAAACUUAAU